AUGAUUUUUUGCUGUCGGCUUCUUUCUGACGCUUGUGACGGCGGUCCUCUUUGUUGGACCAAGACCAGAUCUCGUUUCUACUAUCACUUAUCCACAUAUCAUCUGCCAAGUGGUUUCGCAGUCUUUUUCUCCACACGGUCACUCAAAAUUAUUUGCGUUGUCAUCCGGUUUUGACGGUUCUCACGCGAUUGCGAAUACGAUGGCGCAAUCCUCCCCGGAGGCGUUUUUGCUUCAAAUUUCACCAAAUGACCUUUUUGAUUUUUUCUUGUGCAGAUUCCUGUUUGAAGAUCGAAGUAAUCGUAAAAUAUGGCUUGUCUUUCAUCUCUGAAAAAUUGACAUACAUUUUGACGAUCUCUUUUUUUUCGCUUUCCGAGAUAUGAACUUUUCAAAGCAUAUGAGCAGUAAAAAAGUAGGGUUUGCUGUGAAAGCAAUACCGUGGAGAGCGUUGUGCAUCGAGCGGUAUUCUUGAAAAUGUAUAGAAACUUUUUUUCAGAUCUUGGCACACUCAAAAAUUAAAAUUCAGCCUUCAUCCCUUCUUCAAGAAUCUUCUUUCAAAGUUUAUUCGUUUAUUAACCGUUUUUUAUGAAUUCUGAACGUUUCUGCCGAAGAGCUAGGUUUUCCUCUCAACUCUUCGGUGAGCUGUCACUAGUUUCGUUUCAAAACUCGAAACACGUGUUCUGAACGUCUCUGGUUGCCACAAAGGAACUUGGUCGAUCGUGUCGAGAAGCAACGUCAGACGGACGACUCCUAAUUGGCAGCGAUUGGGCGAGCUUCUGCCGAUUGUUCAGCCCGGAUUACAGAGGUCCGCGAUGGUUUACAGCGACAAGACAAGGUCACGAAUCACGACGGCCAUUCCAAAGAGGUCCCUAAUCUCUUUUGUCCUCUUGAGUAACUUGUUCUGUUGCAGUAAUGUUAUUUGUUCACUUCUGAACCCUUUAAGUAUUACUAAGUCCAGUACCAACAAAAUAUAAUUCAUGCAAAUCUCGUAAAUACCAAAACGCACAUCGCGCCGUUCAUACACCGAGCCUCAAAAAAGUUUCGCUACGUUUUCACCGGCGCUGAAUCCGCAUUAGCAACAAGUGAAUAUCUCGUCCAUGCAGUUUCCCUACCGUUUUCACUGGCUUUCGCUGAUUUCCACAGGGGGAUUCGUUUUUCUUUUCUCGCUAUCGGGUUGGGAUUUUUUCUCACGACUCUUUUCAAAUGCUUUAAUUUUCAUAAUCAUGCUUGCUGUUUUUGAAAUUGUUUCUUAGGAGUUUUUGUUUUCUUUUCAAGCUUUAGACUGCGUUUAGAUACAGGUGAAGAUAUUGAAAUAUCAGACUUUAAUAGGAGUUAAUGUUCGAUUUGAGCUCCGAAAUUUUAACCUCGUUUUUUCCAAGCUUCUUCUAUCUGGACUGACAUUUCAAAGAUGUCUAAAGUAUUACAUUUUUUUAAACCUACUGGGAAUCUGAUUUUUUAACGACGCGUUUUCAAAGAAUGCGAAGUAAAUUCACUCUCUGCUUCCCACGGCCAUUCACAGGUAGCUUUGUGGAACGCCGUGGGAAAAUAAAAUCAAAUCACAUCGUUUUACGAGCACCGAUGUUCACCCGAAGCGCCAGAACGACUCGUUCUUAGCCGCUGCAGUGAUUUAUCGUCAAAUUCUUCGAAGGAACCAUUCAUAAAAGCAUUGAUUGUAUUUCCUUGAUCAAAUGUAUCAUACUCAAAGCUUUUCUGUUUUUUUAAUCAUCGAAAAAGAAGCUUAAAAAACUUUGCCACUUAAAACUUUUAUGCCCCUUCAUAGGCAAAGUCGGAAGGACCCUCCGAGGGUCCAUAAAGGACCAUAGAAAUGUUCCUUUUAGGGUGAUGAAGGCUCUCUUUUUGCUGCCUUUUUGCUCCAUUUUCUCAGCCCUUAUGCACCAUUUUUGCUGCCUCUCCCUUUCUCCACCAUUUCUCGAGCCUUUAAAAUCCCAGAAAAAUGGAAGGCUCGUUAAAGGGAGUCUCUUUGCUGCCUUUCGCUGCCUUUUUGCUGCCGUUCGCUGCCUUUUUGCUGCCUUUCUGCGGCCUUUUCUGAGCCUCUCCCUUUUAGCAGCCAUUAUCCACCAUUCCGACUUUGCCCGAGUUCUAGGAAAUUUAGAAAAUUCCCAGUAAUGCUAAUCUUCCGAUCAGCACUUUCAUCGAUAUUUCAGGUUGGAAAAAUCUAAAAAAAAUAGAAUAGGCGGAGUUUCGGCACUAUGAGAUAGUCGCUUUUUUCCUGGGUGGUCGUUCUCAGCGCGUGCCUUUUGUAAUAUCCCGACUCUUUCACACGUUCUCUAUCAUGCAAUUUUUUCCUAUAAAGCCGUCAGAUGUCGCAAUUUUUCUCUUGAAAUAAUGUUUUGCCUUAGUAGAGGUCUCAUAUAGAGCAAAGGUUCUGAAAAAAAAAUUAUUAUCUUUUCUCUGACGUCCUGAAAAAAACUUGCAUUGAUAAUUCUUCAAAAGAAUUUAUUCUGGAUCGAUUCAACUCAUUCCGUCAUCAGUCCUUUUUUCAAUUCAUUCAGAUCAGGGUGGACUUCACAGGUUCGCAUAAAAACUAUCAUUUCAUCAAAGUUUUUCUUAGAUUCGAAACAGGUUGAAUGAGUCGUACCCUUGUUCAUCGCGGUCCAUCUGAGAGCAUCAAAGAAACGCAUAAAUACAUGUGGCGGCUCUUCUGCGUGUGUAAAACACACAAACACGCCUCUUCAGCUUUUCCUUACAACGAAAUCAAGCCGUGGCGAUUAAUUGCGGGCUCAUUUUGCCGCAAGUUUCCUCUUUUUUUCAAUAUGACCAGAGGAGACAGUUGAAAUACUUUUUGACAGAAAAAACCUCAAAAAAAAGAAAAACGUAGGAAAAUUUUACUCCUACCGGCUGUUUCAAAGUUUCGCGCGUCAAAAGUCUGAAAUUGAAACCACAUGUGACGAAAAAAAGCUCUCUUCUCAAGUUUUUGCACAGAGAUAGCUGCAAUAAACUUUCUCUAGACUACAAAACGAGAAGGCAAAAAAUAUUUUUUUUUAUCUUUUGAUGUUUUCAAACUUUCUCCGGAUUCACGUGGUUGUAAUUUUAAAAAAUUGAGAAAAUGAGAGAAACUCGCAAAAAAGUUAACCUUUAGAUGUCCAUUGGAAACGUUUUUUUUUGCAUUUUAUCUUACGGGUUGUUGCAAUAAAGAAUUUUCCGGUCACCGAGUUGAGUAAUGCGCCGAGUGAUUCAGCAAACAAUGGAUAUUGACAAUCUUCCCCCGCUUUUUUUCAUCCCGCCGAGAUCAUUUUCGAAUUCUGAAAGUAGAAAAAAGAAGCAAAAAACGUCAAAUCUGCCAAGCACCUUCGUCUUUCAUUUAUAUCCAUAUGCCGUGUUUGAUUGACUCGCCGCAGCUUUUCUUUCAUCUUCUCGUCAAGAUUUCGAGUUUUUGUCUCGUCUCUACUCUGUCCGCUGUUCAGUGCUGAACAUCUAACUACUUGCAAAAAAGAACAGUAAACCUUUUUUUUACGUCUUUUAAUUUAAUUUCAUAGCUCCUGCUGCUUAAAGGUGAACACAUGCUUUUAAGUUAAGGCUUGAAAAUUCUCACCAACUUUCUAAACACCUACCAAACAGAGAAACACUUUUUAAAUAUAAAACGUUUCCGAAUUAAUGAUCUCUCUUGGCAGUUCUGAAAACUUCUUCAGCUGUGAAACAUAAUUUUUUAGCCAAAUUUUCAAGUCCAUAAAUCUUUGAAGCUGCCGAAGCGGCAAUAAAGUCUUUGUUUGGAAGCUGCCGCGUUCUUUUCGAAUACUUCUGAUCUUUCCUUCAACCUUUCUUCUGGGAUCUGUCGACUAUAUUUUCUUCCGAUAUAUCAAUUUUCGUGUGACGAGUGAUAGUUCAAUUUAAAUCGAUAUGAGAUCAGAAGAAUUCCGAUUUUCACACCUCAAAACUGGCUUGAGACGAUUGAAGCUCGUUUAUUUUACAAAUUUGCCACUGGGAAAAACGCAUUUGUUUGCGUUGGGUCGAACUUGCAAGCGACAGAUUAGCGGCUUGAGAAACACUGUGCAUGUUUUAUUUAUUUAUUUCCCUCAAACAAUUUUUUCUGUAAAAUGUCUUCUCGAUUCUUUUUAGUUUUGUUUUUGAAUCAUUUUGAAUUAUAUCUGGUGAUGAUAAUCCGCGGUCUCUAGUCCUGUACUAUCUGCUGAAUAUGACAGAAACAUUCUACCAGAAUGAUAUAAGUCUUUUUAAAUAUCAAACUACUUUUAAAAUCUAGGAUCAGCCGACCGAAAUUUCAAGACUUCUUCUCAGGUUUUUUUUUGGUUUUUCGAAGUUGUAGGAAAGAUUCGAAAAUCAAAAGAGAGGGAAAUUCUUUUGCAAAUCCAAGUUCUGAGCUCUGACAAACCGCUUCUGAGGAGUUCAUUAAAAGGUAUAUAUUCUUAAAGUUACCAACAAAAACCAGGUAUUCAUUUUCCCAGUUGUAAUCGAAAUUUCCGGCCAUUUAAAAAGGCGUUUUCUUCAGCUGGGCGUGGAAAAUCCAUGCAAAAACCCCUUUACUGGAGUCCGAUUUCAUCUGGAAGAAAUCCGGCGAUGGCUCCUUUCCUUCGUCUUUUUAUUCUCACUUCUCAUUCGUCAUCUCUGUCUUUACUAUCCGUCUGUCAGAUCAAUUAUUCGAUUUCAAGAAGAACUCUUUUUGGAAGAUUUUGUGCCUAACUUUUCUCAAUUUGAUCCAGUUCAACUUAAAAAGCACCGUUUUUUUAGAGCUUUGUUAAACAAAAGAAGUGGAAAAUAUUCAAACUUCCUAGUGAAAAUCUAAGGUUUUUAGAGACAGUAAUGUACGAAAAUUUCUACGAACAAACAAAAUUUUCGAUAAAUCUUUGAAGAAAUAUCAAAAAUUAGCAUAUUUUUCAAAAGUUUGAGUUUCUUUGAUACUGGCCAUUUAAUAUUUUCACCAACAUUCCAAAUAUCCUGCACAUUUAGUUGAGCUCGGAGUCCAGAAAGACUCUACUGACCAAAAUACUAUUUCCUUUUCAAACUACUUCCUGGUCAUUUUUUUAAGUUCUGAUUUUUGUAAACAGUAAGAAGGAAUUAUAACUGGUGUAAAAAUUUGAUUUCUUGUUUUACAUGAGAUUCGAAUAGGUCAGGAGCGUUUCUCAACGCCUUCGAACGCCACAACCCACAAGACGAGGCACUAUUUUGCGGAUUCGAAGUUUUUUGACGAGUAAAAAGACAAAUGAGCGUUACCUGAAGCUCAUUUUCGAACUGCGUGUCGGCUAGAUCUGUCGAACGCGUUUUGCCGGGCCGAAACCUGGUACUCGACGCUUCGUGUUUCUGCAGCGCCACUUCACCUUUCACAAGAGCCGUUAUGACUUUCUGCGUUACCUUCCUCCGCGCAUCUCGACUCGUCAAGUAUUUUUCAUCCUCUUCCAGUUUCUUCUUUUUUCGACCGUCCAUGUAGCCUGUAUCCAUGAACCACCUGUUUAGGAAUUCAAUCGUUCUUUUUUUCGUUGGAAGUUUCUUCCAAGACAACGGUUCAUCAUGAUUUCAGAGGCAACCAGACGAUGUCGGACGCCUCGGGCGGAUGGAACCAAGGCCGGAGGCAGUACCGUUCAGUCGCUUUUGGGACCUGGAAAGUUGGCGGCGCCAGACAAAUGACGUCCUCGCGGAAUGAUUCCGAAAAAGGGAAAAAUCUGGAUGGCGGGUAAAAAUUAUUUUUCGGAAACAGAUUCAAUUGAGUUUUUGAAAAUCUUUUUCCGACUAAUCUCAUUCCCGUGAACUCCAAAAAUAUGUCCUCAAAACUUCAUUAUCUUUUUCACUUAGUUUUACCCCUAGAUAUAUGACCAGUCUGCGUCCCUUUUCCCUCACCGCCGAGGUCAGAGUAACAUGGAAAUAGCACGUUUACACGAGAGCGUCGCCGAGAGAACAAGGGUGCAGAGAAAUUCGGCUGAUUAAUGAUGUGGCGAAUUUGAAAUAACUAUUAUAGUCAAUCCAUCCCGACUUGAAAGGCGAGGAAGGCAGAGAAGAGGGCGAGACGCGUAGCGUGCGCGUUCGCGGUUCUUGGCACGAGUUCAAUUCAACCGCCAGCGACUAUUUGGAGAGCUCGUUUAUCGCUAUUUCUGUAUCUAUUAUACUGUUUUUUAAUGUACAAAUGAAAAAAAAAAGAUAAAUAAUCACAAAAUGAAUGAAAAAAAAAAUCGAUAAACAAGCUCUCCAAAUAGUUACUGGCGCUUGGAUUGAACUCGUACCAAACGCGCACGCUACGCGUCCCGCCCCCUUAUUCGCGUCCCUCGCCUUUCAGGUCGGGAAAAGUGGACUACAAUCAAUUUCAAUUAUUUUGAAUGUUUAAUAUGGAUCUUUACUAAAAGUAUAAUCUUUAUACUUAUGAAGUAGUGGUUUGGAAACUUUGAAUCUUUAACGGAACUCGUUUUUUUUUUUCAAAAUUUUCGAAUUUAAUACUUCAUGCUAUAGUCAAUGUUUCCCGACUUGAAAGGCGAGAGAGGCGGGGCAGUGAUUGGGACGCGUAGCGUGUGCGUUCGCCGUCCUUUCCACGUGUUCAAUUCAACCGCCAUCGACUCUUUAAAAAUCCCGUUUUUCGUUCUUUUCAUUCCUUUUUCAAUUAUUUAUUGAUUAUGUUCAUGUGUGCAUCAAAAAAUAGUAGAAAACAUUGAAAAAGAGCGGUUGCCGAGUUUUUUAAAUAGUCGGCGGCAAUUGAAUUGAACUAGUGCCAAGAACCGCCUGCGCACACGCUACGCGUCCCGCCCCUUGCCCCGCCUCCUUUGCCUUUCAAGUCGGGAAACAUUGACUAUACCCCUUAGCUGAUACAGUAAAACGUUAGCAACCGGCUUCAUCAGUUGACUUUUGACGUAAUAACUUUUAGUGCGGAGUUAAAGUUGUAGAUCUGAAUCAAGAUUUUUUAUUUUUGGCGGCGAUUUUUCUAAUGUUGGAAAUCACUUCAAAAAAUGAAAGAAACGAGCUUUUCAUACCUCUAGGUAUGAAAUUGUGAUUAACCUUGUGGACAAGAGAAAAAUUUCUCAACAGUUCUGCUACCUUCCCACGUUUUAGUUGAUCCUAAAAGCGCUGCGCAGAUCAACGUUUUCUUCCAGUUUUUUGAUGAAAAAAAGAAGGUUUCCGUUUUUAAGCUGUUUUGACAUCCUUAAGAGUCCGUAUUCUUCGAAAAGGGCCUGAGUAUUCUUUUUCACCAAGUGUGUUACUUAUUCCGAAAAAUAGCAUACCCGACAGUGUGUAGAAGUAAAUUGGCGGAGGAAAACUUGCCCUCGCGCCAAUUUCGCCGCCAACCGUCAGCCUCUAAUGGCUUCUAGCCUUCUUAUAACUUUUUUCUUUUCGUUGAAUUGUCAUUUUUUGUUUUUGAAGUGAGCCAAGGCUGACCGUUGCAAUUUGUUAGUUUUGCGAGGCUCAGUCUGGGGACUCGGCAAUUAACUCAAUUCGACGCCACCAAAUCCGAAGGAACACUGGGGAGUCGCGUUCCAUCAAAGCGUUUGACGUUUUGAGCGAUCGCCGAUUUCUCGCGGCCUUUGCCUUUUAUGCUAAUUCGCGUCAGUCUUUUCGGAUUUUCUGAAGCACCUUCUCCGUUUUUCGUUCUCAAGCCUUUUUUCGUGAUUUAGAAUUUGAAUCUACACUCUUUAUCAUGAUUGGAGAUGAAGUUCAAUUGAGGGUUUUUUCAAAAGAAUUAGAGAAGUCGGUAAACCUACCACACUUUUGAUAAAUUUUUUAAAAUCCCGAAAUGUUUUAGAUGUCUCAGGUGCCACAUUCUUGAAAACUGUGGUUUCGCGGUUUUUAUUCAGACUCCGCAAGAAAUUUUUUUUUAAUCUACUAAUUCCUUAGGAAAAAGUUGAUUUUGAGCCAAAAAACUCCGCCGCACCUCCCUCAAACAAAGAUUGUUUGUGUUUUUUUUUUCAUCGCAACUGGUUUGAAUUGACCUCUGAGCAUGAAGUGAAGCAGCGAACAACUUCUCUCACGUUCAUUUUCUGAAGCUUCCAAGUUCAUACCUGUACUCGAUGGGGACGGCGAAGCACGAUUUGGUGGCAACAUCCACAACCAGUGUGGCUAAUUGCCUUUCCAUCGCUUCCCAUUCAUUUCGGCCGUCAAAUCGUCGGUUUUCAUGGCCGGCCCUCUGCUCAUUUGUCACGUUUCGGACCUCCCGCCGCUCUUUUUUUCCGCAUGAAAGGCGCCACUUUUUUGAUUUUUACAGUGUCGGGCAGUGGUGCAAAAGUAUCAAUCUAAUCAAAUCAGCAAUUUUCAGUCUCGCCCGAAAAAUUCUUGAAAAACAUGAAACUGUAAGAAUCUAAAGACAGUUUCGAAAAAGUAGACCAAUCUUCAUAAGCUCCAGCUGAUUAAAUGAAGAGCAGAUUUUUAAUUUUCCCUUUCUAGUUUUUUUUUAAAGCUGUUUGCUGUUUGGAACUUCUUGAGGAGACUUAUAAUCACGAAAACCAAUUUAUUUGAAAUCUUAUAAUCACGAAAACCAAUUUAUUUGAAAUCGCAUUAAAAUUUGAGCUGAUCCAUCGGAGUCUCAUUUUGUUACAGCAAAAAACUUGAAUUUCUUUUUCAAUCAAACUGACCACGUCAACGUUUGAAUGGAGUCAGAGAGAGCCAAUGAUGCGCAACGAAUAAAUGUGACUGACGAAAACCUUUUCAGUUUGAAAUUGACCCGGAAAAUAAGUGAGGGUAAAUAAAUGAAGCGAGAGAUGCCAUAUGGAACCGUGUUCACGUUUCAGGCCAUAUAGAGCCACAUGCUCCCGAUUUCCGCAGAUUUUUCGCGCACCGGUCUCAAUUUCGGUCUCUUAUUGGUCGAAAUCGUCGAUUAUUUAACAUUUUAUUUUAAAAUGACAACAAGAGAUAAUUUAGAGAAUACUUUCAAUUUUUUUAGAGAUGUAACUUUUUCUUUUCUCUGUAUUUUAACAAUUUUGUACACGUAAACUGCGGGUCAAACGGAAAAGGUCAUUCAUCCUUCAAGUUUUUUUUUUUCGCAAAAAUGAUUAAAGUACAUGUUAGUUUGCCUUGUCAAACUAAUCUGGCCCUUCUUUCAUGAAAACUUUGUCACCACACUAUAUGCGUAUGAGUGGAAGUCAGAGAAAAGACACAACUUCUUUUUUUUUUCAAAUAUUUGUGCUUCCGUAUAUAGAAAUAGCGGAAAAAAACACUUGAAACAAAAAAAGCAAAUUUUAAAUUAUUGAAAUGAUGUUCUUGUUCUUUUUCUCUUUUUCUGACGAAACCCGCAUCAUAACGUUUGAAAAAGUUUUUAAUCCAACGAAAUCCCGAGGUUAUCAGGCGGCAGUCUGGCGGGGUCCUUCAAAGGCCUCUCCUUUUUUGGGCCACUCGUGUUCGCUCAAUUGUGUUGACACAUUUCGGUCACUUGCUCGGAUUAUCCAUUCCAAACACUGAAUUCGCGUCUUCAAGGCUCCAACCAGAGCAAAUACAAACUCUGCGUGUCUACUACUGUUUUGUCUGGUUCCAGUCACCCUCCAUUUGAAUUAUUUCACAAUAGAAACUGUUUUCAGAAGUUUAUAUAAAAAUAAUUUAUUCAAAAAUUUUUUUCCUACUUCUGAGGAAUUUUUUAAACGAUUUUUUCUUUUUCAAAGUAAAACCUUUCGGAGCAUUUUUUGCUCUAGGUGAGCAGGAACUAUCUGUUUUGAGUGCUAUCUUGCAGCCAAAUUCGUUCAUCUCUCAAAAAAUGUCUUUUGAAGAGCCUUUUUAAAUAAAAUAACGGAUAUCAAAUUAUGAAGCUGUUCUCAUUUUACUUUCUUUGCUAAACUUUAGUUUGUAGCUUCCUGGGAAAAUCAAAGAUCCCAUUCAAUCGGAAUGGAGAGAGCUCAGUAUAUAAAUAAAAAGUCGAAAACCCAAGGCAUGUGUCGGGCUGUUUUCAUGCUCCACUUCUCACAUCUCUUCCGUUUCACACGUGCUUUUAUUUUGUUCUAUACGUUCAUUCAUAAAACGACAAUAAAAUAUAAGUAUAUAUGAUUCACACCACCACUUUUUUUUUCUCAAAUUGGACCUGCUUUUCCGAAUUUUAAGCACUUUCUUUCCGUUUCUAGCUUUUCACACUUCCGGCUUCGAUUCGCAUUUUUAUGGGCCAGUCGUAUGAAACAAAGUGUCGUUUAAGCAAAUAUUCUGUUUUCAUUCGUGUUUCAGGCGUUUCAGAGCUCUCAGUUUUUCUUCCAAUAAGCUUAGUUUUUUUUUCAUUAAAUUUGUUAUCAAUUUCACUGAUAAGGGAGUUCAUAAAUCAUCUUUACUUAAAAUUAUUCUUUGGAAAUGAAAAAAAAAACUUUUCGUGUGUAUCUUAUCUUAUUUUUGGAACGACGGCUUUUUUUUUGGCUUGCGCGUUUAGAACGUCAAAAAUUCCCGUUUGCUAUUUGAAAGCUGUCAAGAACAGAGCGCGAACCGCAGAAAAGGUAUUUCAAUUCAAAGCUUUGGUCUCCUUCUUGAUACAGUUUAUCCAUUUUUGAUUUUAAAACUUUUACUUUUCGGACAGUCUGGGCGAUUAAAGACCUUCCAUAGUGUUCCUCUCUAAGGAGGAGAAAAGUUGUCGCGAAGUUAGUAUUGAGUCGAAUACUUGAUUAAAUACUUCAAUUAUUCAUCAAAAAAAUAGUUUAAUAUGUUUUUUCGGUCAUAGAUUUUAUCGAAAUUUAAACAUCAAAUGAUGUUAAUAUCAAAAAUCACAGUUUUUCUAGCGUCAACUUUGUUGCUUGCGGACUCGACAUAAUAGUCGACGACAGUCUUGAAAAGUUAAUUGACUCACUAGUCAGGCACUGGUGCGCGCACGCGCGGGGGUACUGAUUCUUUUUUUCGCUUUUUUUCCACUGAAAUAAGGUUUUUGAAAUAUAUUUUUAUAUAUUUUUGUGAUAUCACCCAGUGCCCCUGCUCACGUUUUAAAGUUGUUCCGAGCACUUUCGAAGAAAUUUAUGAAAAAAAGUUGCCAAGUGAAACUUUGAUAUUUCACAUUUUUGUGCAAUCUAAUAAACUGGUGCAAAGCAAUGUUAAGAGAUGAACAGACAUGAAAAAUAUUAAAUUUAUAACUUUUCAAUUAGUUAAAAAGCUAAAAAACAAAAGAGACACCCCGCGCGUGCGCGCAGCAGGCGGCGCGCAUGCGCACUUUUGGCAACAAACACGCGCCGUCAGUGCCUGAGCGAGUUCAGACGACACGGUGUUCCGCGCAAUGAAAAAAAAUGCGAAAUUUUGGGUCCCAGCGGCAUAUUAUCCGUGGCGCAUUAUUGCGCCCUUCUCAUCGUUUCUGAUGCAAAAAUUGAAUUUCUUCACUUUUUUCAUUGGUUUUUUACUUUUUUCUAUUUCUUGCAUUUAUGUAAUCCGCCUCUCUAUGGGUACAUCUUGUGGAGCUUUAAAUUGCGCAUUUUUUUCUAAACCGGUUUCAGAUCUUUAACUUUUCUUCUCAAAAGAGCUGAAGAUUUUUUUCUGAAAAGUCCUAAUUUUUUUCAAAAAUUUUUGAAAUCUGUUUCGCGACAUGAAAAAGAGUCACUCUAUUUCGGAAACUAUAGUUUUUUUAAUUUAAUCAGUUAAUAAUAAAAAAAGUUAUUAUCUAGUUCCUUUGACGUAGUUUAAAAACCGGUUUCGUGUAAAUUAGAGCCAAAUUGAAUUUGCUGAUGCAGUUUAAUGAUUUUGAUAUAUGAAUCAUCUAAAUUAUAUAUUUUUUUCUAGUUUUUUUGAUGGUUUUUUUCGGAUUAGACAAAAAAAUUUCGCCAUACGAGGUUUUUUCUAAAAAUUUCUUAUUCAAUGGGAGCUGAUUCACCUUCAUAUUAUUUUUUGUUUUUACUUUGUAAUCAGUAAUUUAGAGUUUUCCCCUUUCGAAAUCGUUCCCAAAUGUUUUUUAACGUAAGUGAAUGUUUUUUCCACAUCAUAUUCUUCAAACUGACAAAUUCCGAACAUUUCAGGAGCUAUUAUCCUGAAAUCGCAAAUUCUAAAAUUGAAAAAAAAACAUUUUGAGUAUGCGAUAUUGCGUCUCGGUGUGCUUACACCCUAAGCAUCAUAAUUUACGAAAAGUCUUGACCUUGCGUAUUGAAAAAACACCGUGACGAAUACUUUUUCCUGCACAAAGAGAAAUUUUCUGUCAUGCCGUGCAAAGUAAUUCCGCAAAAUCCAAAACAGAGGAGAAAAAAAAAGGUAACCGAAUUAUCGAGGGUCAGAGAUAAUUUUGCAUUUCCCGGAAAUUACUUUGAACACGGCAUUAUCAUUUAAAAAAUCGAUCUCAAGACGUUGCGUUUGUCCCAUUGCAUGUGCCACCAGAAAAUCCCUAUCAAAUUUUAACUUGAUGAUUAUGAGCUUGAGCUUUGCCAAACAAUAUUUCUCAUGCGGUUUUGCUAUUCCGCUGCCUAUAUCCUCUCAACAGUGGCACUUCAGAUGGGCAAACACACACGCAACUUGCAACCAAUUUGCGUUUUCUCGUGUCUUCCUUUCGAUUAUUUUCUUUUUUGUUCUCGGAGCUCCCAUGUAAAUGAUAAACUAAUUUUCUUCAGCUGUUUUUUCAUCACUAGUUUCUUCUGAACUGUAAUUUUACUGUUGAGUGUUAAAUAGUUUUUAUCUUUUCAGAUUCUUCAUCUCCAAGCUUACUUUUUCUUUAAAUGGGUUAGAAGAGAAGUUUGUCGUUUUCACGAGUGUCUUUUUCUCAAAAUACUAAUGGGCCAGUCAUAGAGAACAUUCUUCCACUUGGCUCAUAUCAAAUUUCCGUAUUUGUGUGACCCAGGCAUCCUACAUCGUUUUCUAUUCAUUUUCGUUUUACUGCUCUGAUCUUUUUUCUCCUUCGGUAUAUUUUCCACACUCCAAACUUUCGAGAGAGAAGAGAAAAUUGUAGAAAUGCGAAACAAAAGAAAGUUUUCCACGUUUAUAAAAUUUUUAUUUCUCCUUUUUGAAAAAAACGUCAAAAGAAAAAAAAAACGUUAAUCAUGUGGUUGUCCGCAAUUGGAAGAGAUAGAGGAAGUUUCAUAUUGCGCUUUAGUAUUAUUUCUAAAUAAAAAAAACCACUUUGAAACAUAAUUUUUCAACUAUUUCGCAAGUGUAAGUACUCCAAACAACACGUGUUUUGGUUGCCUGGGAAGACGUUCCAAUAUAACCUUAUCAUGAGACCAGCUGCUCGAUAAGAUGAAUUCUCUAUCAGUGAAUCUACUUUUGCUUCUUUUCAGAACCGCUGCCUUCAAUUACGCCGGAAGUCAGUUCAAUACGAUUGACGUGAGGCCGCCCAAGAAGCGACCGUUGCUCGACGUCGACAGAAACAGCCGUCUGGGCGAGAGCAGUCCCAAUCUUUCGCGGAUCGUUCACCACACUCAGACCACCCUUUCGCUCGGUCGGUUCACAAGAAAAACUGAAAUCUUACUGGAAGUCUGAUCUGUACUGCUUUGAAAAAAAUUCAUGGCCUUAGCUCGGGCAGAAAAAAUUUUAUCAUGUGUGCGUUCGUAAUGGCUAUCACCUUUUUUUUCGAUAAAAUGAAAAAGAAUCCGAUUUCCUCACACCAAAAGAAAAAUGAUUGGACACCAUUCUCAAAUAUUCCUUUUGCUCUACCUCUGACAACAGAUCAUUUCCUUCAUUUUCCUUUAUCUUUCCCAUCAAUCUCCAACUCCUUAUAAUGAUAAUUUUUAUCUUUUUCUUCUUGAAUUUAAAUUAUUUUUUCAUAAAUUAUACCUAGGUUUUUCGCAAGCGAUUCCUAAAGAUUCUCCAGAUUACCGACUGCAAAAGGAAAAAAUUCUGAGUAUUUGUUCACAUCUAAGCCGUCAGUUUUGAAGUUCCAAAACGUCUGAGUUUAUAAAAAAAUUGUCGUUUUCAAGUUUUCCUGAAAAUCUUUGAUCUAUUUUUGCAAUAUGUAGAAAAAACUCAAAAGUUUCAUUUCAUUCAUAAUAACAAAGAAAGCAUUUCGUUUUUCGGAAUUUCAACGAAAUAUUUGCCUUGCUUUUUUCAAAAUUGUACCGGUUAAAAUAAAAUUUGACUUUGCGGAAACAGAAGAAUCAUCAAAUUGUCUUCACUUUUCCUUUUUCAUCUCAAACACUUUCCAGGUCUGCCAAUGAACCACAGGUCCUCGAACAUCGACCAGAGACUGGGCAACGCGGCUCAGGACUUCUACUCGAGCUCUGAGUACUGCGAGUAUCUCCAUGAUCAGGGAAACGAAGACUGCGGUGCGCAAUUUUUGGCUUCUUUGGCUUUCAAAACAGAAAAACACGCUUUAGGGAUUCAUUUUUCAUACGAGACUGCGUCAAAAAUCGUUUAGGCUCAUAAAAAUCAUUUCUUGUUUUUCGCUUAGCAGUUUAGUGUAUCAUUUAUGGCGUUCUCAAUGCAGAAAAGGGAAAUUUCCCGAAACUUUCUUAUUGUGCUUCUAAAAUUGCUCUAUAAAUGUGAGCUUUUUUUGAAGUUUUCCUGCUUCCAUUUUAAGAUUCCCUUUCAAAGAUGAAAUCAAUGUUUUCACUAUUUUUUCUGCUUUUUGUCAUUCGUAUCGUCACUGAAUGGUUCUUGAAAAAGCGUCAAGUGUAGGAAAUUUUAAUUUUUUUUUCCUAAAUACAGAAUUUAGGAAAGGUUUAUUUUUUAGCUUAUAUGAACUUUCAAAUUUGGAAAUUCUCACACAGUAGAUGAUUUUCUCAUCUUUUACUUUACAUUAAGUUUGUAUGCGCCUAUCUAGGUUUAGUUCUUCUAAUCGAAACAAAAAUACUUAGGGUUAAGAACGAAAGUUGAAAUGUUGGUUUUUUGUUAGGGCGAAAAAGCGAACGUUUUUUUUUUUAAAUUUGAGAUGAUUUUUUUCUAGCCGUUUUUUUACAAAUCAUGAAAGAUUUAUGUCAAUAUCCAAACAUUUUCGAGUGCAGUAUUUCAUUCGAAGUUAUACUUUUCUUGUUCAGUUCACUUUUUUGAUGCUCUCCACACGGUUAUGGUUAUUUUUGUUGCUUGGUCGGUUCAAACUUCGUUGUUGAAUUAUUUGAAUCAACACUGAAAGAUCUCGUAAUGAUAUAUGUAGCGUUUAAAGCUUCUUUGGAUAUUUCUGCUUCUAGACCGUUUUUUUACUCCUGAUUGUAGUGACCAACUACAUGUAACUACAUAGAUCGUUGGAAUCAGUUUGGACUCCCACGCUCGAAAACCCCGGCUAACUUGUUUUUUUUUGUUCACGUAGAACUCGUGUGCCUACAAAAGACAGCUAAAAAUAAGGUGGCAGGAGAUGGCGCCAAGUUGGUCCAACAGAUUAGGUCGCGUCCGAUUGGGGCUUUCCGAUGGGCCGCGGCUGCUUUGUUUCCACUGAAUUUCGCGUGAGAGAACUGUCUUUUGGAAUGUGUGCUCCUGUCUGUUUUCGUUGUACCUUCGUUCUCCAUAUUCGUCUCUCUUUUUCUUCAACUCUUGAUCAUUUCUGUUGGGUCUUCGAGGUCUAUCAUUGAAAUUUGUUUUUUUUUUUGAAUCAUUUUGCUAUAACAAAGUUUAAAGGUCAACUUUUAAUAAUUUCGCCUCACUUCCGGUCUAUUCACUGUUAGCUGGAAAACGUUUAGGUUUUUUUCAUUGUAAGUUAUAACAGCUAAGAUUCCGGUAGGCAUAGAAAGUUGAUAAUAGGUUUUUUCACUGCAAAUUUUUUUUUCACUCUCACUAAAGAAAAAAAUUUUUCGAAAAGUUCCGCUUGUGAAAUUCAAGUUUUCAGUUUUUUAGCAUCUUGUUUUUUCAAGAAAAAGUGCACUUUUUCUAUUAUCAAUUCAUGAACUUCGGCUAUGAUAUUCGAAGAAACGUCAUCAUUUAGAAAGGAAAUCAGCCUUCUAUUUGUUUGGAGCAUGGUUUUGUGCCGUUCCUCGAGUACUUGGCGACAAAUGGAGACGGCAAGGAUGUACACUUGAAAUGGGAAAAGCGGGAAACAGCGUUCUGGCUUUGGAGCACUUUGAUAACAUGUUUCCUGUCUCUUCGGCCCUUCUUCAGUUAUUUCCUGAAGACCAUAUUCAUUAACAAGUUUUUAUGCUAGAACUGUAUCUCUUCUGUUUUUGGUCUUCCGAGUACCUUUUUUCCGGAAAAAAAUGAUACUAUGGACGGCGCGCGGCCUCUGCCAAAGAAAGGAGACAGGUCCGGUCCGCCGUGUUGACGCUCCCAGCAUGACGUGAGCUCCGUCACGUUCUUUCUCAAUUUUCGACUUUGAACCUUUCAUAUACGUCAGAUUUCUUUCUUCUUUCUGCACAGAAAAAAAUUAAAUUUUUUUUUCCCGAGAAGCCUUUUUUGAAAUAAAAAUUUAAAUAUAACUCCAGGACGAUUAUUUUUGUUGCGAUGACCAUGUGCAAUUCAUUAGAGACACCCCUACCCAUAUGUUCCGUUGUACUCGACUGGCGACCUCCGUUGACCCUCGGCUUCUCCUUUUUUCUUUUCCUGUUUUCGGCUUUCCCCACUUAUUUCGCUCCCUUUCCUGGCAAAAAGAGCUCCCGAAAAAGCCUCCAGGCUUAACCUUCAUUACUUUUCUUCUCCCUUUUGUGAGUGCCGCUUAGUCUUAGUUUCGAGCUUCAGAAAAUGGCAGUGUACUUUACAUAUUUUCUUGUAAUCAAGAUUUACCUGCGAUUUUUAUCUAGUCCCAUUUUUUAAUCUUUCAAUUUGAAGAACUUCAUUAUAGUUUAAACCGUCUUUGAAAGAUUUCUGCUCUGCCCCGGUGGAAAAUAUAUUUUUAGCGAUAAAAAAUCUUUACAAAACGAUUUGGCGUUUGCUGCAAGGAGUUCGUGUAAUUCACCUUCAAUCAUGAAACUGAGAAAACUGUUUUUUUUUUCAGUUUUCAGUUUCUUAUUCUUUCCAGUUUUUGAAUUCAAUGUUUGAAAGAAAAUGUGAUUGGCUUCAAUUUUAUGGUGGUAUAAAAUGAAAACCAGCAAAAUUUCAAGUGGCGAUUUUUCCCAUUUUUUCAUAUCGCUAGUGAACUUUCCGACUUUUUUUUUCUCGAUGACCUCUUUUUUUCGAAUCUUCCUAUUGAAAAUAAGUGAUUGAUUCUUGAUUAAAACACAAAGAAAAUGGAAAAUAAUGUUAAAAGAUAUUUUACAAACCGAAAAAAAUAUAAGAGAAAAAAAGUCGGAAAGUUCCCUAGCGCUAUGAAAAAAAUCGGAAAAGUCGUUGUUCGAAAAUGCGCGGGUUUUUUUUCAUACCACCAAUUUUAUCUGGGAAAUGUUGAAAAACAAGCUUCAGUUGUUUGAGUGGUUACACACGACGAACUUUAGUGCAAGGAAAAUCAGAUUUCUUUAUUCUUGUAUUUUUAAUAAUGUUUUCUUGGCCUGGACAUUUUAAAUUUUCUUUUUCUUCCGAUUGGUCGUGUUUCUCUGUUGGAGGAUAGUAAUUGGCUUCAAUUUGAGCCGCAAAUUCUUUGAAAAUAAGCUGCAAUUUAGUUAUCUACUUCAAAUGUAUGAGUUCUUCGGACUGAAACUGAUGUAGUCAAUUUUUCUGCCCUUAAUCUGAUAUCAUAAAAUACUGGUUUUAUCUUCUUAGAGCUGUUUUAAAUAGAAGUAUUCUGAUUAUCUUUUGCCUUCAAAGCUGUUUUUUCUAAAAGUUAUUUGAUUUUGAGCCCGUCCUUGGACCUGUCGGAUGUUGUUUGUCCUUGAGGUUGAUAAAACUUUUUUUACGCCAGAGUGCGAGUGAAGCCAUAAGUCACCGACAGUUGCGUCGUUGAGGCUCACAAAUCGGGAUCCUCUCGUUUUUCCGUGUCCCUUUUGCCCCUUGGACACACGUUCGUAAUUCGGCCUACCUCCUCAGCUUUUUAUCAACUGCGGUUGGGUCGAAAAAAAAACCAUGGUUAUGGCCUAUCAGUUGACGUAUUUGCUCGCCGAGCCUGACGACAAUGGUGAGUUCCCUUUUCGGCCCAGAAAGAUGUUAGGAAGACAAGUUUUUUUUAUUCUCACCUUUUCAUCUUUAUUUUCCUUUUUCUUUAGUUCUCUUCAGUAAUGAUCGAAUUUAAGCGAAAUAGAUGUACAAAGUAAUAGAAAAUAGUUCAUAACCUUGCACGUUCGCGAAUUUGUAUUUUUAGUUUAAAUUUGCGUUCAUUUGUAAAAAAUAAAAUACAUUCUUUACCAGUUUUCCGAGAGUUUUGGUAGAUUUGAACGGCACCCAUGUACAGAUAGCCAUCUCCAGGACCCUUGACCUCUCGGCUGGGUUCACCGGUCUGCCGCACCUAUUUCCGCUGUAUUUAUGGCCGCAUAACUCUUACGACAUGCGUCCUACGAUUUCUUGCAGUUUUCUGCUCUGUUGCCGAACUUUAUUCUAUUGUUCUUUUCGUCUCUAUUUUUUCUUUUUUCCUCAUUUAUUCUUGAAUUGAGUAGUACUUUUUGAAGGAUCGACCUUGACGGCACAAACGAUGGGAACGAAAACUGACCUAGUCCGAUUUUCGGGCGUGUGGAAGUUUACGCCUUAGCUAUUAGAGCGAGCCUUGGAGUUUUUACCUUUUCUAUUACGAUAACUGUCCUUGACUUUAUAUGGAAUGCAUUUUCCGCUAGUCUUUGGCUGAGAAUCUUUGGUUAAUCGAAGCUAUAAUCAUCUUGUCAAUCACGCGCCUCUUUUUUCGCAUAGAAACAUGCAAUUUAACUUUCCUUUUUUCAUUACAUUUUCUCUCGCUGGUUGUAUUUUUGGGAUCUCCAUGCGCUAAGCAUGCUGCUGUCUGUUUUAAACAAGAGAUCCCUUUUUUUUUUUUGAAAAAAGGUAUCUGGCCGCUCUAGAAAACUCGUGGUUUUGUGCUGGUCAUUUGAAACUUCCCGGUUCCUUUUCGUGAGACGUCUAGCAGCGCAACCUUGCUUUGCUCAUCGUGACAGAGUUUUAUCGUUUCAAUUGUUGGAUUUUCACGGGAACAGAAAAUGGUCCAAAAUUACCAUUAUCAUCGGGAUUAAUUUCAAUCACAAGCUAGGUGCAGAAUCAACAGUUUUAGUACUUUUCAAGUUAGAUUUAUUUUUUCUGCUUGUUUAUGGAUUGGCAGAACACAGACGGUUCUCCGUAGCGUUUCAAUUCAACGAUAGCCUUUUAGGAGAGAGCAGGAGAAUUGCUUCUCAGAUUUCUUGCGAAAACGCAAGCUAGCGCUCUUCAGACGCAUCCGUUCCAAUUUGAUUAUGUCUGAAGAUUCUCACGCCAUGAAACUUUUGUUCAUUAUUAGUCAUUUUGAAAACGUAGUCCAAAAAAGUUUCCAGAUUGCAAAAAUGGGAAGUUUAGAGCUCCGGUGUAAACUCGAGCCAAGUUUUCGCGGCAAGAAGCUGUUUUUUUUUUCAAAAACCAAUUUAAAAUUCUUGAAGUUUCUCCAAUUUCUGUAAUACUUUUUCAUUGCUCCCCGGCUUGAAAACAGAGUUCGUCUUAUGCUAUUUUCCCCUCAGUUGGUAUUAGGCAUAGAAUGAGUAUUUUAGAAAUUGCUGCUAAAUGAAAGGUGUCUAGAAGAAGCUUUGCAGAUUCCUGCAACGGGAACACCAUCUCGGAGCCGAUCCAGGCCAUUUUCCGAGCCUCGAACAACGGCUGCGAACGGCACAAAUCGGUCGACCGGCAGUUGAAACACUCGCUGAGCAGUCGUCGCAAGUCUCGUCGCGACGACGUCGACCGAUCUCAUCACAGGUUUUUUCUUCUUACCAUCCAAAACGAUAUUAGGCAAAAAUAAUGAAGAUGUAUUUCUGUUUCGUUGAUAAAUUGUUUCGCGUGAGGUUUGCAUUUUCAGCUUUCACGCCGGAAAGAGCCUAUUCAUUUUUAUACAGUUGUGGCCCGAAUACUGUCAGUUUUCACGUUUUUAUUUUCAUAGAAUGAUUUGUGGUUUUUGUUCGAGUGCCAGAAUAAAAAACAAGUUGGCAUAUCAGAAAUUGUCGUCAUAGAUUAGUCUUGUUUAUCAGUUCACUGUUAUAAAUAAGUUGCUUGGCAGGUUUUUAUCUAUUUUAUUAUCUUCCAUUAUUUAACUAAGGAGGUCUUUCCACUUUGUACUUUGAAAUUCACUGAAGUUCGGUUUUGGCUUUUCAUUAAAAAAUUUAUUUUCAAGAUAUGUAAGUCUCACCGAAAUUGCCUAUUCAUGUUCUUACAAAUAUAGGAUUUCUGUCACGUUUAGGCAACUUUUGAGGGAAAAUUUCUUGGCCUUGUAAGGUUGUCAGUAGGGAAUCAUCCGCGAUAUUCAACUUUCCUUGGAGAAGUUACCUGUUCGAACCGGCUGUUCAGGUCGCACAGCGCCGGAGCCGACACCAACUUCGCGAUCGCCCACAGUGCGUCGACGUCAGCGAUGAAGCUGACGCGCGCCACGACGGCUCAGCCGACGGAGCACCACGGCUCCAACGUCAAGUUCCUCCGAGCCACCAAAAAAUUCUUCAAGAAAAUCUAUUCCUCGGCAACACUCCCCAAGAAGUCGACCAGUUCGUCCAACGACAACUUCCAGAAAGCCGCCGCUUUUUAUGAAAAUCAGUGCGUUUUUUCCCUGUUUUAUAAUUCAAAGCGUCGCAAUUAUCCCAAUUAAUUGAUUAACUUGUUUAUUUUUCUUUAUUCUCGCGUUUCCGGCCGAAUUUUUGAAGAUUUAAUUUAAAAAGUAUGAAUGAUUUUUUUUGAGAAAGAAGUUUUUGAAAAAAAGGAGAAAAAAAGACAAAGAUUGACUUUUUUUCUUAUAAUAUUCAAGCAAGUUGAUCAGAGCACCUUUAUGUACCUCUCCCAAAGAAAAAGUCUCAGAAAAAAAUUUGAGUGUCUUGGGAAGAUUAAAAUGUUUAAUUUCUUCAUCUGUGACAUUGAAAGUUGUUCUAGUCAGCUUCAAAAAAUUUAAAACAGAAUUCAGAAGAAAAUUAAAGGAAUAAUCAAAAAGAAAGACUCUUCAGCUUCAUCAAUUCCUAGAUUGCGGCGCUUUAUGUUCAGAUCUUCUGUGAUCAUUCAGUUGAACCUUACAGAUGUCGACCUGCAACUUUGGCAGAUGACGACGAGUUCAGCAGCAGCCAUGACGAGGUUUCCUCUCCAGCUUUUGGCUCUUUUUGAAACUUUGAUUUGGCAGAUGAUAACUUCGAGAAACGGAGAUCGGCCUCAGACGGCAAUGCUUGACGUCAGUUACCCGGACAGCGGACUUGAAAUGGAUCGGUUUGUUUAUUUUCUUUUUCAAAUUUUGAUUUACUCCUAAACUCAGAUCUUCCACGCCGGACCAGUCGCUCGAGUCGAUGACGUUGCAUUCGAAGUCGGACUCGACGUCUUCCGAUUCGCACAGCCGAAGCGUCACCUCACAGGAGAUUCAUGACAUCGGCUGGUCCAACAUCUUCGAACACCUCCGUCGUGAAAUGGUCUGUAUUAAUCUAUCUAGUCCGAUUCCAACAACUUUAUUUUAUUAAGUUUUUCUAAUCAUCAAACGUUUUUUCGCGCAAGUGGAUGCAAAUGUAUACAGUUUUAAACAGCGGUGAAAUAGUUAUUUUUGCUGUUGGAGAUUUUCUUGAGAGCUGGCUGAGUAUUGAUGUUGCAGAACGAGAUGCGGGAACGCGACGCGCAGAUUCUGGCCGACCUGCACAAGGUGGAGUCGCAGCUGCAAAGCGUGAAGCUGUCCCAACUCGGCUAUGCGGAUUCGAGCUCGCGCUCCAACCUCGAGCUCGUCGAGAGCAUGCAGCUCUGA